GUUCUCUUGAAGUACUCCGGUGUGGUAAAACUGAAAAGCAAAAAUUAUUUGUAACUUGAAUUGAAAAUUCAAUUUUGUUGAGAAAUAAUUUUUCGUAUUUCUGGGAAGAAUUGAAAAAUAAUAAUAAAAAAAAUAAUCUUUUUGGCGUGCAACUGGAAAAUUAUGGCAUUAGUCAUGGAAAGAGUUUAAAAUGUUAGCAUAAUAAAAUAUUGAUGUCUUCACAACAGUCAAAAAUAUAACUUCUUGAAAACUUUAAUAAUCGGUGGUUUGACUUUAACGAAAAAAAAAGAAAAUAAGUAAAUAAGGAACAACGGUUACCUUAUGGUAAUUCACCAUAUAAAAUAUUUACAAAUUACCGUAUAGGAUUUCGUUACAUGUACCACUACAGUUCGUUGUAAUAACAACCGGCAAUAUAUUAGAAAUUUCCUUUUAACAGCGUUUAAAGUUUAAGUGAGUUCAAAUACCUUGGAACUUUUCUGUGUAUUAUCGUUAAAAACAAAAAAAUUGAAAAAAGGAGAAAUUAUUGAGGAAAGUAAAAGUGUGUGGUUAAACGGAAAAUUUUAAUUGAUUGUGUAAAUAAGAGAGAGUUGGUAAACAAUCGAAAAUAAUAACGAAAAACGCUUGGUCGAAAAAAAAAUCGAAAGAAAAGGAAAAAAAUUUUCUUUUUAAAUUGACCUGUUAAUGAUAACGCAGUGGUUCGUUCGAAUACGUUGUCUAUCUAGAUGAAAAUAUUGUGAUUGACAACAAAAACGGAAUAUCUUUUAUACUUGCCCUGAGCAGUACGAUAUAAAAGGAAAACAUGUUCAAUGCCAGAUGGGUAUAAGGAAAACGAGCGAAAAAUAGGAACGAACGUAAAUGCAGUUUUUUUCCUGUUGCGAAAGACGUAUUGAAUACAACCACCACCUCCGAAUAUAUAUACAAUCCUGAACACAUAUUGCAUACAUUAAAUGCAUGUUUUUUGCAAAACUUUGCUACAAAUUAAGAAACUAUUCAAAGUGUUUUUGCGGUCGGUUGUUUAGUGUUGUUCUUGUUUUUCCGUGGUAUAAUAUACAGAGUUGAAUUCAGUUUUAAUGUCCAUGUUAUAAUUAAACGAAAUUGAGCUUUUUGUUUGCCAAAACUACAUAAAAUUGUAAAAGAAAUUGUUUACAUUUUUCCCCCGAUUGUAGUUUUUCGCGGUGAAAAGUGGUUCACUAAAGAACUCCUCUAUUCAGAAGAUUAAGAAUCGUACAAUCACGCAAUAUCACGACAGAGAAGAGAGAGAGAGAGAGAGAAAAUAAAAACAUGGAAACUUCAAAUCGAGUGCACGUUCAUGAACUUCUAAAAUCCUGCUGUUCCAUCUUCAACUUCAAUUCGUUGUUUUCAUCAAUUGGAAUGCCGUUGCUGUGGUUAGCUUUAAUCUUUGCCGCAGGCGAAUUUAAAACCGUUGGAGUUGCAGCUGCCAGUCAAAGUGCAGGAAAGCACGAUCCUAUGUUCAUAUCUAGAUCAGAGACAUUUAAAUUUGUAGCCGGGGAAACAAUACACUUGCCUUGUGAAGUUUCAAAUACAGCAUCUUAUAUGGUCGCAUGGAAACGAGGAAUUGCCAUAUUGUCGGCUGGUACUGUAAAAGUUACACCCGAUCCACGAGUUCGACUAUACAAUGGAUUUUCGUUGCAAAUUCGAGACGCUGUACCACAAGACGCUGGAGACUAUGUCUGUACAAUUCAAACAUUAGAACCAAUCGAAAUUACUCAUACUGUGGAAAUACUAGUUCCGCCAAGAAUUCAUCACAUCAGUUCCGGCAACGUGAUGCAAGUGAAAAAAGGAGCAUCUGUUCGCAUUGAAUGUUCAGCAUCCGGUAAUCCCAGUCCGAACAUAACAUGGACGAGAAAAAACAACGCUUUGCCGAGCGGUGAUGAAAAACUGACAUCACCCAUAAUGACUAUCGACAGUAUGGAUCGACAUAAAGGUGGAACGUAUAUUUGUUCGGCAAACAAUGGUGUUGGACAAGCAGCGUCGACACAAGUGAAUGUACACGUUUUAUAUCCGCCAGAAAUAACCGUCGAAUCUCCGAUUGUGUUCUCCGGUGAAGGACAGGAGGCGAUGCUCGUUUGCAUUGUACAUGGCGAAAAAGUUCCAGAUGUAAUUUGGUUUAAGGAGACUAUGCAAUUAGAUACAACGGAACGACAUAUAAUGGAAAACCGAGGAUCACGUCACACACUUAUAAUACGAAAAGUUCAUCCACAAGAUUUCGGUAACUACUCAUGUGUCGCGGAAAAUCCACUAGGAAAAACUCGAAAAACGGUACAACUAACCGGAAAACCAAACACAGCAACUUUUCGUUCAGCUCCAGUUAGUCAAUAUAAAGACAGAUACAAUAUCUCAUGGACCGUUGAAUCGCACACACCGAUAGAAGAAUUCAAAUUAUUUUACCGAAGGUUACCGCAAGGACACGACGUCGAAAAUGCUAUUGAGCAAUCUCAGCCACUUCAGCAACAACAUCAAAGUGUUCAAACUUACACCCAUCGGGGUUACGGAAAUUCGAUGCAUUGGCGAAACGAUUGGCGUGAUGUUGUGCUACCAGCUGUUCCAUUAUCUCAUCACUAUACACAGGGGAUGAGUUAUAUGAUACGAGGUUUGGAUGCUGAUCAACAAUAUGAAGCGAAAGUACAAGCAAGAAAUCGCUACGGUUGGAGUGAAAUGUCAGAGAGCUUCACAUUUACUACAUCAAUUAACGAUGGCUUUUCUGACCUCACUUCCUUCCUGAACCAGGGCUUGUCAGAUUCGGAAAUGCGUGACUUAAGUGUAACAUACUACGGCAAUCCACAUUCAGAUGCGUUGGUUUUGAAAAAUUGCGUUCGUAUCACGUUUAUCUUCUUGAUUAUGGCAACCAUUUUGAACUAAAAACCAAGUGAAAUGAACAAAAAUAUUUUCAGAUUUUUUAUACGUAAACAUUUCAGCUAACUUUAAUAUUUAAUUUUAGGGGGAAAAAAU